AUGGAGCGAUACACUCACCAAGAACGCGGCACAAUCGUGUCUAUUUUUUUGCGUAACAAUUCGUCUGUGGUGUUGGCGCAGCGCGAAUUCCGUCGCCGAUUCCCCGGUCGUCCGGCACCGACUGCGCAAACACUGCGCCGUUUGGCCACCAACCUUGAAGAGUAUGGAACCACACGAGACGCUGCCAAGAGUGGCCGGCCUCGGAGCGCCCGUUCUGCCGAGAAUAUCGCCGCUGUUGCCGAGGAUGUCGAGCUGUCGCCAGAAACAUCGACCAGACGCCGUGCCUCGCAAUUAGCCAUCAGCCGGUCGUCCCUAAGGCGAAUUUUGGUCAAAGACCUGCGCAUGUUCCCGUACAAAGUCCAGUCCGUGCAUCACCUGCUGCCUGUCGACCGCCAAACGCGUGUAACCUACGCCCAAGCCAUCCUCAAUCUCGAGGACGAAGUGGACGAUUUUUCGACCAAAAUCAUAAUGAGCGAUGAGGCUCAUUUCCACCUCAACGGGUACGUGAACAAGCAAAACUAUCGCUUCUGGGGCACCGAAAAUCCACGAGUGAUGCACGAAGAGCCAUUACACCCACUCAAAGUGACUGCAUGGUGCGCUGUUCACGCUGGAGGAGUCAUCGGGCCAUUUUUUUCGAGGACGCCGCUGGUCAAACGACAACAGUGGACGGUGCGCGCUAUAGGGCCAUGUUAA